AUGGACAAGAAGAACUCAGCGAAAUCAGAGAAAGCCAUACACAUCUUUUGGGGUGUCACUCCCCGAUGUGGCUUGAACGGCGGUCUUUGGGCAUCUCCCCCGUCAUGGGUUCGCCCUCUGAACGUUACGCCCAAAGGUUCCCAGUCGCCCUGGUUCCUACGACCUGAACAUCCAACAAAGUCAAAACCCAUCGCUUCCACCCUGGCGACUCUCGACAACGACUUUGAGGAGGUUUAUCCUCACUUUGGAACCUACUCUGGACGUCUGUCCCAUCAGCUCCAGCCCUCGGACGACGACGACCGAAGGAGUAGGUUCCAAAGCUCGUCCUUGACCGAAAAUGGCAUUCGAGAAAGGGCUGCAAGCCAACCGCCCCGAUCCUCAGAGCAGGGUUAUCUCUCUUCCCCGUCCACCCAGAGCUUCAUACCAUCAAGCUUAGGGGGAGCCGGUGGUUGGGGCAGCUCGCGCAUCGUAGGAAGCAACACCAGUCGCGGUCAACCAGUCCCCAUCCGAAGCCCUCAAACCCAGUUCGGCUCGAUGAUGCGCGAACGCGCUUUCCCAUCCACCUUUGAAGACGACGAAUCAGAAGGCUUAUCCGACACAUACGACGAGCGCUACGUCCCGCCCUCGCUUUCUAGAGGGCGUUCGUAUGGGCAAGACAUCAGCCGCAGCAGAUCCCACUCGUUGGCGACUACGCGUCCUGGCCUUACCGUCGGCAGCCCAUACAACGGAUCGUCAGCCAUGCAGAGCUGGAACGAGUCGUACCUCACCAACUCGAAUCCUCUCAACAUCCCUGGAAACCGAGCGUAUGACAUUCCACCAUCUGGUACAAGCCGGUAUGGUUCCCUUGGAGCUUUGGCUAGAUCUCCAUCCAAUGACUAUUCUUCGCCAACCCGCACAUCACUUGUGGGGAAUGGCAUCUCUAGACAUCAACAGCCGGAUGUGUCGAAUAUGAGCCCCUUCCGUAGAGACGUGGCUCAGAUCCUGCUUGACGAUGGGCCCUUCCGCGAGCUCUGGGCAGGGAUGAACCCACCUCGCGAUGAGAGCGGUGGAGGUGGAGGUAGUGGAACUACCAGUCGACGCCACAGUGUUAGCGUCGUGCAACCUAGGAGAGGGAACAUCGUUGGAUUCAACGCCCCCGGAUCUGACUCCCCCGAAGACUUGACCGCGACUCGUCCGACCUUUGGUUCUGGAUUCGGACGAAGCGGUUUGAUGCUCGAUGACGAUGAUUUGGCCAGUGAUCUUGGUAUGCUCAACAUUAACGCCAAAGAACCCCCGAGCUCUUCCUCCCAUCAUCCUCCCAGCCAGCCCUCCUCGCUGCCCAUCUACGCCCCGCUCUCCCGAAGCCCAGUCUCAAAGGAACUGUUCCAGCCCAUUAUCAACAUCCCCACAGGAUCGUACACUGCUUCCCGCCAAAUCGGAACACCCAGCGAUGGAGGAUUGUCGGCUGGAGGUAACGGCAACCAGAGCCCAACGCUGUCCAGCAACUUCUUUGAUCGCGGCGAUUCGCAAUACUUCACGAGUACCAAGACUUCCACUUCGCGCGCCCAGCAGCAGGCUCAAAACCAGUCUGAGCAGCUUACCGCGCGUUACGUUCCUGGACAGGGUAUCCAGUACGUUUCGACCCAGCAGACGAGUAUCUCUUCCGGCGUCAACCCGGGCCAUAUCAAUACCAACCUAGGACAUGGUGGUAGUUCGCAGUAUGUCCGCGCUCGUGCGCCUUCGUACUCUAGCCAAGCGAACAUCUCGUCUCCCAUUUCACCCACCGGCACCAGGCAGCUCAUCAACCCGCAACAGCAGCCCUUCUACCCUCAACAAAUACAACGCCGCUCCUCCAACGCACACGACACCCACCACCCCACGGGUGGCCAACAACAAUCUCAACAACAACAGCCCAGUAACAUCAACGAACUGGGCAAAGGUGUUCCUUUGCACGCCAUCCCCGCUUCCUGCCCUCUCUACAUCGUCGAGUUCAAAGCCGGGCGCACGGACCUCUUUUACACGAUGGACCACUCGCAGGACAUCCAUGUGGGCGACCUUGUGAUCGUCGAAGCGGACCGGGGGAAGGACUUGGGCAAGGUGGUGAACGAUACGAUUACGCUGGCGGAGGUUGAGGCGUUCCAGAAGCAGCAGGCGGAGCGGAAUGCGGCUGCUGCGGGGAGUGGGUUUGGCCCGGAUGGGCAGCCUGUUAGUCCUGGUGGGGCUGGUGGUGGGGGUCCCGGCGGAGGAGGGUCGUCGAAGAAGGAGAUCAAUCCCAAGUUGAUUUAUGGGAAGGCGGGGCCGCAGGAUACGCAGUCUCUUGCGAAUAAGACUCAGGAUGAGCAGAAGGCUCUUCAACUUUGCCAGAGCAAAGUUCGGGCGAAGAAGUUGCCUAUGGAGGUCAUCGAUGCGGAGUACCAAUGGGAUCGCCGAAAAUUGACGUUCUAUUUUAUUGCUGAGAAGCGGAUUGACUUUAGGGAGCUUGUGAGGGAGUUGUUCAGGUUGUACAAGACUAGGAUAUGGAUGGCCUCGCUGCAGGGACCUGCAGGAUAUGACCAGUGA